AUGAUGUGGAACAGACAUUUUGUCUUCUAUCUCCUGCUUUUGCCAGCUUUUAUGAGUCAAACAAUACAUGGACAAAGAAAGAAAGGAUCAAAGUCCAAUUUACUUGCAAAGAAAAAUAACUUCCAGGACUCUACUUGCUUCAUAGAUGUGGUCUUCAUUGUGGACAGCUCUGAAAGUUCUAAAAUUGUUCUCUUUGAUAAACAGAAAGAUUUUGUGGCUAGCUUGAGUGACAAGGUUUUCCAACUGACCCCGGUUCGCUCCUUGAAAUAUGAUAUCAAACUGGCAGCACUUCAGUUUAGCACCUCUGUCCAAAUUGAUCCACCUUUUUCUUCUUGGAAGGAUCUGCAGACUUUUAAACAGAGGGUCAAAUCUAUGAAUUUCAUUGGGCAAGGCACCUUCUCCUAUUAUGCAAUCUCCAAUGCCACUAGUUUGCUUAAGAGAGAAGGGCGUAAGGAUGGUGUGAAAGUGGCUUUGCUGAUGACUGAUGGCAUUGACCAUCCAAAGAAUCCAGAUGUCAAGAGUAUUUCUGAAGACGCCAGAACUGCAGGAAUAUUGUUUAUCACCAUUGGACUUUCCACUGUCGUCAAUGAAGCCAAACUUCGUUUGAUAUCUGGGGAAUCAUCCAGCGAGCCCAUUCUACUGUUGAGUGAUCCCACACUUGAAGAUAAAAUUCAAGAUCGCCUGGAUAUCUUAUUUGAAAAGAAGUGUGAACACAAGAUUUGUGAAUGUGAGAAAGGGGAUCCAGGCGAUCCAGGGCCUCCUGGUGAUGCUCAAAAAGGGGAGCCUGGAGAAAGAGGCCCAGGGGGAAUCCCUGGGUACAAAGGUGAGAAGGGUGAAAAUGGAGAAUGUGGAAAACCAGGAAUAAAAGGUGACAAAGGAUCCUUAGGGCCGUAUGGACCAAAGGGACCCAGAGGACUUCAGGGCAUUAGUGGACCUCCAGGGGAUCCAGGCCCGAAGGGAUUUCAAGGCAAUAAGGGUGAACCAGGUCCCCCUGGUCCUCAUGGUCCUCCAGGAGCCCCUGGUAUUGGACAGCAAGGAAUUAAGGGGGAAAGAGGUCAGGAAGGAAGAACAGGGGCUCCAGGACCGAUUGGCAUUGGUGAACCAGGCCAGCCAGGUCCCCGUGGUCCUGAAGGAGCACCAGGAGAGAGGGGCUUACCAGGAGAAGGAUUUCCAGGGCCAAAGGGUGAAAAAGGCUCUGAAGGACCAAUUGGCCCACAGGGAUUACAAGGCCUGUCAAUCAAAGGGGACAAGGGGGAUUUGGGACCUGCGGGACCCCAAGGGCCAAUGGGCAUCCCUGGAAUUGGGAGUCAAGGGGAACAGGGAAUCCAAGGUCCUAUGGGUCCACCUGGUCCACAAGGGCCCCCAGGACAAGGCUCACCUGGUUCUAAGGGAGAAGUAGGCCAAACAGGAGCUACAGGUCCUAGAGGGCCAGUGGGAAUUGGAGUACAAGGCCCAAAGGGGGAGCCAGGCUCAACAGGGCUCCCAGGACAACCAGGAGUACCAGGAGAGGAUGGGGCUGCAGGAAAGAAGGGAGAAGCAGGGCUUCCAGGAACAAGAGGCCCAGAAGGACCACCUGGAAAAGGACAACCUGGCCCUAAGGGUGAUGAAGGGAAGAAAGGGAGCAAAGGAAAUCAAGGACAGAGGGGAUUUCCAGGGCCUGAAGGGCCGAAGGGUGAACCAGGAAUUAUGGGCCCUUUUGGGAUGCCCGGAGCAUCAAUUCCUGGACCACCUGGGCCAAAGGGAGACAGGGGAGGACCCGGGAUGCCUGGAUUUAAAGGAGAACCGGGAAUUGCUAUUCGAGGACCAAAGGGUGCGCAAGGACCUCGGGGACCAGUGGGUGCUCCAGGACUCAAAGGUGAUGGCUAUCCUGGUGUGGCUGGACCUCGGGGGCUACCGGGACCCCCUGGACCAAUGGGUUUACGUGGAGUGGGGGACACUGGAGCAAAGGGAGAGCCUGGUGUCAGAGGCCCCCCAGGUCCCUCUGGGCCUCGGGGCAUAGGAACCCAGGGGCCAAAGGGAAAUAUUGGGCAGAAAGGCCUGCCUGGCCCUCCUGGCCCCCCUGGCUACGGAUUACAAGGAAUUAAAGGGGAGCAAGGACCUCAAGGUUUUCCAGGGCCAAAAGGCAUGACAGGCCAUGGCCUCCCUGGCCAGAAGGGAGAGCAUGGAGAACGGGGCGCUAUGGGAAAGAAAGGCGAUAAAGGUGAAAUUGGGGAGCCCGGAUCUCCAGGGAAACAGGGGUUACAAGGACCAAAGGGAGACGCAGGACUUACUAAAGAAGAAAUUAUCAAAAUUAUUUUUGAGAUAUGUGGUUGUGGGCCCAAAUGCAGAGAGACUCCUCUAGAACUGUUGUUUGUGAUCGACAGCUCUGAAAGCGUGGGGCUGGAGAACUUCCAGAUCAUCAAAAAUCUUGUGAAGACUCUGUCUGACCAGGUUGCUCUGGACCUAGCUACGGCCCGCAUCGGCAUAAUUAACUAUAGCCAUAAGGUGGAGAAGGUGGCCCACUUGACACAGUUCUCCAACAAGGAUGACUUCAAGCUGGCUGUGGACAACAUGCAGUAUCUGGGGGAAGGCACCUACACGGCCACAGCACUCCAUGAAGCCAACCACAUGUUUGAAGCUGCAAGGCCAGGUGUAAAGAAGGUGGCCUUGGUCAUCACUGAUGGGCAGACAGAUACCCGAGAUGAAAAGAAUCUGACAGAGGUAGUGAAGAAAGCCAGUGACAUGAAUGUGGAAAUAUUUGUGAUUGGGGUAGUGAAGAAAAAUGACCCCAACUUCGAAAUGUUCCACAAAGAAAUGAAUCUGAUUGCUACUGACCCAGAUAGUGAGCACAUUUAUCAGUUUGAUGACUUUAUUACCCUGCAAGACACCCUGAAGCAAAAAGUGUUUAAAAAGAAGUGUGAGGAUUUUGAUUCCUACCUCAUUCAAGUUUUGGGUUCUCCACUACUUCAACCUGGGUUGGGGAUAUCAGAGGAAGAACUUGGUGGAUCCACUCCAGAGCCUCAGGAAGAAAUUUCAGAGUCCGUCACUGUCUCUGGAGCCCAGGACAAAGAGAAAGAGCCUAACUGGACUGAUGGCCUGACCACCACUCCUUCACCUGAGGCUGCUACCACCCAGGAGCCAUUGCUCAGCCUCCCUGAGGAGGGGGCAGAGGAUCCUAGAUGCUUGGAACCCCUAAAGCCGGGAGACUGUGGCGAAUAUGUAGUUCGAUGGUAUUAUGACAAACAGGUCAACUCCUGUGCCCGCUUUUGGUUCAGUGGCUGUAAUGGCUCAGGAAAUAGAUUCAACAGUGAAAACGAGUGUCAAGAAAUCUGCAUUCAAGGAUGA